GGCGGCGGCGGCGGCGGCGGCUGAGGCGGUAGGGGUGGACGUGGAGCAACCCCUCGGUCUCUGGGUCCCGUUACGUGGCCGGUUGGUCUGGCGUGGUGUGUCGAAGAGGUGCGGGCCCGACAGCGUGGAAGUACACUGCCUAGUUUCUUUCCACGGUGGUCUCACAUCUGAAACAUGGCUACAGAUUGGCUGGGCAGUAUUGUGUCCAUCAACUGUGGGGAUAGCUUGGGUGUAUAUCAGGGAAGAGUGUCAGCAGUGGAUCAGGUCAGCCAGACCAUUUCUCUCACCCGCCCUUUCCACAAUGGAGUGAAGUGCCUUGUGCCAGAAGUCACCUUCAGGGCAGGUGACAUUACGGAAUUAAAAAUUCUGGAGAUACCAGGUCCUGGAGAAAACCAGCAUCUUGGAGACCUUCAUCAGACAGAAUUAGGCUCCUCUGGUGUUGGAUACCAAGUGGGUAUCAAUCAGAAUGGCACGGGCAGGUUGGUCAAGAAGCCAUCCUCUUCUAGCAGUGCCCCUCAGAACAUCCCUAAGAGGACAGAUGCGAAGAACCAAGAUGCUGCCGUUUCCCCCCAGCAACAGCAGUGCUCCAAGAGCUAUGUGGACAGGCAUGUGGAGCCCUUGAGUCAGUCCAAAAGUUUCCGUCGUCGGCACAACUCUUGGUCAUCUAGUAGCAGACAUCCGAAUCAGGCAACUCCAAAGAAAAGUGGUUUAAAGAAUGGCCAAAUGAAGAAUAAAGAUGACGAGUGCUUUGGGGAUGAUAUUGAGGAGAUCCCAGACACAGAUUUUGAUUUUGAAGGGAACCUGGCUCUUUUCGACAAGGCAGCUGUGUUUGAGGAGAUUGACACCUAUGAGAGAAGAAGUGGCACCCGUUCCCGGGGCAUCCCAAAUGAAAGGCCUACUCGGUACCGCCAUGAUGAGAACAUCCUAGAGUCAGAGCCCAUUGUCUACCGACGGAUCACAGUGCCCCACAGUGUGAGCAAGGAGUUCUGCACAGACUCUGGCCUGGUUGUCCCAAGUGUUUCCUAUGAGCUACAUAAAAAGCUGUUGUCUGUGGCUGAAAAGCAUGGUUUGACACUGGAGCGGAGACUGGAGAUGACAGGCGUGUGUGCCAGUCAGAUGGCACUGACCCUGCUUGGAGGACCCAACAGGUUGAAUCCCAAAAAUAUUCAUCAGAGGCCUACAGUGGCCCUGCUGUGUGGGCCCCACGUAAAGGGGGCUCAGGGUAUCAGCUGUGGAAGGCACCUAGCCAACCAUGAUGUCCAGGUCAUCCUCUUCCUGCCCAACUUUGUCAAGAUGCUAGAAUCUAUCACAAACGAGCUGUCUCUCUUCUGCAAGACCCAAGGCCAACAAGUGUCUAGCCUCAAAGAUCUGCCCACUAGCCCCGUGGACCUCGUGAUCAACUGCCUGGAUUGCCCUGAGAACGCCUUCCUGCGGGAUCAGCCCUGGUACAAGGCGGCUGUGGCCUGGGCCAACCAGAACCGGGCACCAGUACUCAGCAUAGAUCCUCCUGUGCAUGAAGUUGAACAGGGCAUCGAUGCCAAGUGGUCACUGGCUCUCGGCCUGCCUCUGCCACUGGGAGAGCAUGCAGGCCGCGUCUAUUCGUCACAGUUAGUAUAA